AUGUCCAAUCCAACUAAUUCUCAUCCCUCACAAUCAUCAUUUGAUUCAACAAACUCUUAUUACCAAUCGACGCUGUCAACACCGCGUAUGACGACAGAUACUGACGAUGAGCGAAUGAGCAUUGAAACCGUUAAGGGCAGGUCAUAUCAAAAUAAUAAUAAACGUAAACAUAUACCAAGAAAGACCAAUGACGAUUGGAGUAAAAGGUCGUUUAAUUCAAAACUUAACAAGGAAAGACGUAGUAAUACUGGUCAAUUCAGCGAGGACGAUACCAACCCAAGAGGCAACGGUGGCGGGAUUCCGAGAAAUUUUGGUAGAAGCUCGUCAGAUCAUGGUAGUGGUAGAAUACCGAGAGGAGGUUACGAGAGCUCCUCACACAAUGAUCAAACUGAUCAAGAUGCGGAUGAAUCGACUGAAGCCGGUGAUUAUUUAGAUGAUAACGAAAUUGAAGACGAUGAAUCUGAUAAUGAAACCAAGAUUGAGGACAUGCCUGAGGUCCCGGAUAAGGAUGACGCAAAACGAACCCCAUUUCAGAGGAAAUUGUUUUAUUUCUUUGAAUCACCCAGAGGACGUGCCGCGAAAAUGUUCACUGCUUUCAACGCUUUAUGCAUUGUAGGCACUAUAGUUAUGAUUUGCAUUGAUACUCUGCCAACAUUUGCAACGUCUGAUAAUCGUACUUUGUGGCUUUGUAUCGAUGCAAUUGUGAUUGCAACAUUUUCUAUAGAAUAUUUGGGCAGAUUCUUCGCUUCAGUACACAAACUUAGAUUCUUUUUUAGACCACUGAAUUUGAUCGAUUUGAUCUCAAUCGCUCCAUUUUAUGUUCAAAUAUUUAUACAAAGAAGACCCGAGUCUGCAUUUUCAUUUUUAAGAAUAUUACGCUUGAUCAGGAUAAUUCGAUUGUUUGACUUUGCAAGACGCUCGGAACAAUUCAAGGUUACAGUGAGAGCGAUAAAACGUUCAACCAACCAAAUAUUUAUGGUAUCAUUUUGGUUCUUCACGGUUCUCCUGUUUUCAUCCGGUAUCAUUUAUUUUUUGGAAAGAGGGAUUUUUGACGAACAAAACAAGAUCUGGUUUAGGGUAAAUCCCGAGAGCGGUCAAGUAGAAAAAAGUCCAUUCCAAUCUAUUGUACAUUCGUUUUAUUGGUCCGUGGUCACGCUAACAACAACUGGCUACGGUGAUGCAAUCCCAUACACCUCGUGGGGAAAAUUCUUUGCUGGCGUCACGAUGACAUGCGGAAUAUUAGUUAUUGCAAUGCCGACUUCAAUCAUUGGCUCAAGCUUUGUUGCUGAAUGGACGUUACAUCAACGGGCUCAAUUCUUGGCUAAACUAAAGAAAAACCGUCAGCUAGUUAAGAAUUCUGACGAGUCCAAAAUGGCUCUCGCAUUGCGAGCCAAAUUGCUUCGAAAACAAAACGAGGAACUAGUAGCAGUGAUCACAGAAGUGCAAGAAAAGCUAUCAGACGUAAAUCCAACCCGAUACUAUCAAAGAUAUAAAAAUUUGCAAAUACAAUAUGAAAAUGCACUGGCGAAAAUAUCCGCAUUAGAAGCCUCGUUGGAAAAAUGGCGGCGGCUUGCUCGCAAUUACGAAAAGUUUAAUGAUUACCGUCAACGAAGGUAUUCAAGAAGCGGCGAUAGUGAAGAUAACGGUGAGAAAAACUGGUUGUCAAAUAAGACAAUAUAUGGGCUGCGUUAUCCAUUCCGUAGGACGCCUACUGGUUUCUCCACGGAUGAUGAUACAAUAGACAAUGAUCAGUCAAUUAAGGAGAAGAUAUCGUCGGCCACCGAAACAAUGGCUAGCAAAUCAAAAGACAUGAUAAAAAAUUAUACUCCUAAUCCUUUCAAGCUGCUCAGCCGAUUUAGUCGGACAUUAUCACUGAGUAAUAACGAUACCUCAAAAUUUCCAGAGAGCGGAAUAUCCAAGAGUAACAUUAGCCUGCCAUUCAAUCGACGUCCGUUAACGCGGCCUGUUCCCUCGGUUGGCCCAGACUACACUGAAUAUGACCAUCCGGAAAGUGUAAUGACUACCCCAGAUAGUAUUACCGCUCGUGCGUUAGUAGAUGAAAUGCAUCGGUCAUCUACUCUGACGAAUGAGGAACGUGGCUCGAACAAGCCAAGUAUAAGCAGUAAUGUAUUGGCUGAUUUAUUUCGGAGGAGGGAGGCUGUAGGAGGAAGCAACUCUUUGAAAACUGGCAUUGGCAAAAAAAGAGAAUAUACAGCAGAAGACGAUAUAUUAAGGAGUGGUGAUAAAGGGAAGAGCAUUGUUUGGAUUGACAAUGAUACUACUAAUAAUAAUAAGGGCUCUGCAGAAAUAGAUAUAGUUAUAGACAGCGGCAUUUAUAGUAAUGGUCAGAGUCGUGAGGACAAUAACUACGCACAGUCAGACAAACAAUUGAAUGAAACUCGUACGGACUCGUCGAUUUUUUACGACCCACUUCACGAUCAAACAAAAUUUGAAUCGCCGCCAUCAGACUGA